AUGAGCGCGGACGCGUGGUCGGCGGGCCCCUCGCUGCGGCGCGCGCGGGCGGCGCUGGGGCUGGCGGUGCUGGGCGGCGCGCUGUACGCGGUGGGCGGCUUCGACGGCAAGGAGUUCCUGGCCUGCGCGGAGACGCUGCGCGAGCCCGACGCCGAGUGGACCACGCUGUGGGCGCCGUCCGCGCCGCCCGCGGCCCUCGCGGCUCCCGACGAGCCCGGCGAGAACGGUACCGGCGACGGCGAGCCGGUGUACUGAUAGCGGGGUGCAGGCGGCGACCCCGCGCUGCGAUCGCCGGCUUUUACCCGUGGUCCCCCCGACAUGUCCCCCUGGUGGAUCCACGGGUAAUUUAUUUUACCCGUUGUCCCACCGUUCUGAACAGUGUUUGCCAGUGGGUCUACGGGUAAUUUAUUUUAACCAUGGUCCCACCGCACUGAGUGGCAAACGUUGCAUGUCACCUAUGUCUGGGAUGAAAUAUCAAACGCCGAGUAGGAUAUGAGUGACUUUAACCCACAUGUGUGAUGUGAAGAUAGUAUAAAGAUAUUAUGGUGCCGUACCUACCUAAAAUUA